CUGUCUCGCGUCAAACCCAAAUGAUCCCAGUUUCACAUAAUCCCUUCUUGUUCCUUUACUCUGCGUCCUCCUCCAUAAAAUAAUCUCUGAAUAGACCCUCGACGCGCCAAGACUACCUUUGCAACAUGUCGGAUAACGAAGGACAUUCUGCUGCUCCUCCUUCGGAAGAGGACCUUUCAUUGCCGAAAGCCACGGUGGCCAAAAUGAUCGCGGAAUUAUUGCCAAACGGUGUAACAUGUGCCAAAGACACGCGUGAUCUGAUCAUUGAGUGUUGUGUAGAAUACAUACACUUGAUUUCUUCGGAGGCCAACGAAAUAUGCGAGCAAGAUGCAAAGAAGACGAUUGCUCCAGAACAUAUCAUAUCUGCCCUCAAGCGACUAGGAUUCGAAACAUUCACAGCAGAGGUUGAGGACGUCCUCAAAGACCACAAACAACAGCAGAAGGUCAGUCUCUUAGUCAAACACAUGACAUGUGGGCUGAGAUUGUUGCAGGAACGAGAGAAGAAGGUCUCAAAGCUAGAGCUAUCAGGCCUAAGCGAGGAAGAACUGCUGAGGCAGCAGCAGGAGCUGUUCGCGCAGAGUCUCGCGAAAUACCAGUCCACCCAGCAAUGAUCUAUUGUAUUUGUACGCUUCCUCCAUUUACCACUUUCGAGGACAGUUGUUCGCCCUUCGCAUUUCCCUCCCUGUAUGACUAGCAAACCUGCAUAUAUUGUUCUAGGCCUGUUGUAAUCUAUGAUUCAUUCGUGUAGCCGCUCUCGCAAUCGUGCCAGCCUGGUGGCAGGUAAUUCGUUGUUCCAUAAUUCUGGAACUCCUGCUCCUACAGUGCUGCUUGUCAGGGACGGAAGCCCUUCUUGCUCAAUUACGAACGAAGCGGAUACAGCUCCGUACAAUGCAGCUGGAACAAGAUCCCGAAUGUCAGUCUCUAUUGAAAAAGCUGC